CACGCUUUUGUAUCAGUGGUAUAUGCUCACUGGCUCACCGGAUCCAUACUAUAAGGUUUUCCAUUUCUGAAGUUCGUUAUAGUUGAAGACACUAGCACAAUCUUGUUCACAGAGAGCUUAGAUAAAUGAUUUCUAUCAUGCAGCCAGUGACUGCAUCGCCCAGCGUCUCACGCCGGGCCAUGCCGCAGACCUGGACGCCCAUGCGCGCCCAUGCGUAUUCCGGACACAGGUCAUACCGCGGCCAUCUCAUUUGCCGCACUCCUGGAGGCACGACAGCCGAUACUAUUACUAUCAGCACCGACGCCCCUACUGCUCCGGCUCCUGAGGUUCCUGCCGCAGCGAAGGUAUCUCCCGAUGAGGCUCGCGCCCUCGUGGAUCAAGUCCUAGCAGCCAUCAAGGAUACGGACAGCGGCCAGUCCCUGACCGCCGCCCAGCGCGACCACGUGGACACCCUGCUGGAGCGGCUGGAGGCGGUGGGGCAGCAGCAGCAGCCGCGCCCGCUGGAGAACCCGCUGCUGUGGGGGCACUACAACGUGGACUACACCUCCCCCGGCAGGGCGCCGGAGCGUGGGGAGCCCGCUGGCGGGCGCUUCCGCAGCCGUCUGGGUCGCUUCCUGUUCCGCACCGCGGGUCUGUUCCAGAGCGUCAUCCAGCCCGACAUCGCAACCAACAAGGUGGAGUUCAAGUUGUUCGGGCUGCUCCCUGGCUACGUGGGCCUGCGCGGCCGGGUGGUGCCGCAGGGCGAGGGCGGUGACACGGUGGCGGUGCUGUUCGAGCGGCCCGUGCUCAGCCUGGCCAACUGCCUGCACCUGAGGAUCGGCCGUGUGAGCAGUGUGGGCCUGGUGACCACCUACCUGGACGAGCGGGUGCGGCUGGGUCGCGGCACACGCGGCUCGCUGUUCGUGUUCACGCGGGGAGGCGCGGCGGAGAACGCCGGAAUGGACACCGUCUGCCUGGAGCGCACCUCCGGCCUCGCAUCCCUGGUGCUGGGCGCCUUCUUCGCCGCGCUCUUCAUGGGCGGCGCGGCGCUGUGGGGCAGCGGGCAGCCGCUGCUGCGGGCCGUCGCGGGGUGCAUGUGGGCGCUGG